ACUACCUCACCUUCAUCAGCUGCUUCUGACACAAAAUGGACUCAAAGAUCGCUUCCCUGGACUGCUGUCGUCGGGUACUGCCUCAUUUUGGAGCCAGGUUGCUUUGUCUCUCUUUAUACAGCCUCAGGCUUGGGGCUUUGCUCGUGAACACUUGGACUACCAGACUUAUCGGCCUGAGAUCGAACACUGUAUAUGACUUUAGAGCUCCACCAGCAGAAGCUGAGUCUUCAGGGAAGGAGCUUCCAGAACUCAGGAUGGUUCUGGUUGGAAAAACUGGAGCUGGAAAAAGUUCCACAGGAAACACUCUGUUGAGAAAGAAGGUGUUUGACGCCCAGAUGUCUUCAGCUGCAGUGACCUCAGAGUGCAAGAAGGAAAGAGCCAAGUUUGAAGGUCAGAGUCUGGCUGUGGUCGAUACUCCUGGUCUGUUUGACACCAAGAUGACUGAAGAGGAGGCGACGAGAGAGAUAGCAAAAUGCAUCUCACUGGCUGCUCCUGGUCCUCAUGUCUUCCUGGUGGUGAUCCAGCCCAGCAGAUUCACAAAAGAGGAACAACAGACAGUAAAACUCAUCCAGAGGCUGUUUGGAGAAAAAGCAUCAGAGUACACCAUGGUCCUGUUCACCCACGGAGAUGAUCUGGAGUUUGAAGGAAAGUCCAUUGAAACCUUCAUCAGUGAAAAUCCAAAUCUUCGUAACUUCGUCCGUCAGUGUCAUGGAGGAUAUCAUGUCUUCAACAACAGGGAGAAAGAUCCAGAACAAGUCAGAGAGCUGCUGAAGAAGAUCCACCUGAUGGUUCAGAGGAAUGGAGGAGGAUGCUUUACCAACGAGAUGCUGGAGGAAGUUGAGAGAGCCAUCAGAGAGAUCAUCUUGAAAAUUAUCAGAGAAGACCCUCAAAUAAUGCAGGGAGAAGCUAGAAGACAGGCUGAGAGUGAUAAGAGGACCAUUUUUGCUUGCAUGACUACUGGAGCAUAUUUUGGAAUGUCUGGUGGUCCAGUAGGAGUUGUAUCUGGAGCUUUAACAGGAGCUGGAGUGGCAGCUCUUUCAAAUCUACAAAAGGAUUCCUGCAUUACCCAGUGAUAAUCAGAGCUGAACCCCUCCGAUGUGGUGUGCCCCAAGGUUCAGUCCUUGGUCCAGUUCUAUUUGCCUUGUACUCGCUUCCUCUUGGGAAAAUAAUAAAUCAGUUCAAAGGUAUCUCUUAUCAUUGCUAUGCUGAUGAUAUUCAGCUUUGUUUUUCCUUUACUCCCCACAACCUUUCCUCACUAUCAGUCCUAAGUGACUGUGUGACAGCGAUAAAAAACUGGAUGGCUAAUCACCUUUUGCAGCUAAAUUCUGACAAAACUGAAUUUCUCAUCUCUGCUCCUCCAAGUCUUGUCCCUAGGAUCAAAGAUGGUUUAUGUUUCCAUACCUCCAUGGUUAAACCUUCCGUUAAAGUCCUGGGUGUCACUGUGGAGCAGGCUCUGACUCUGGAUCAACAUGUGAAACAUCUGAUUCGCUCUUGCUUUUUCAUGUUGAGGAACACAGCCAAACUCAGUCCCAUCGUGUCCCAAGCUGAGAUGGAGAUGUUAAUCCAUGUGUUUGUAUUAUCACGUCUGGAUUACCUGCCUCAGCAAAGCGUCUCUGGAUCGCCUGCAGGUGGUCCAAAACGCCGCUGCCAGACUGCUGACCAGGACCUCCAGGAGGUCCCAUGUGACUCCAAUUUUAAUUGCUCUUCACUGGCUCCCCAUUAAAUUCUAGAUACAAUUUAAAGUCCUUGUGGUGACUUACAGAGCUCUGCAUGGUCAGGCACCGGCCUACAUCAGAGAUCUGCUACAGCUUUAUGUCCCCAGCAGGUCCCUGAGGUCCUCCGAUCAGGGCCUGCUGGUAGCUCCUCGUUCAAGGCUGAAAACUAAAGGAGAUGGUGCGUUUGAGGUUGUGGGACCCACUCUGUGGAACUCCCUCUGACCAAAGCUAAGAACAGCGGACACUGUUGACACUUUUAAAAAGCAGCUCAAGACCCAUCUUUUUAAACUUGCUUUUGUGUGAUUUGUUGUUUAUCUCUUUUUGUUUCAGUUGAUUUCUGCUUUGUUUUUAUUCCUUGUUGUUUUAUGCUUUUAUAAAGCACCGUGUGACUUGCUGUUCUAUUAAGGUGCUAUAUAAGUAAAGCUGAUUAUUAUUAUUAUUAUUAUUAUUAUUAUUAGUAGUAGUAGUAGUAGUAGUAGUAGUAUUAGUAUUAGUAUUAUUAUUAUUCUAAUUAUCAUUAUCAUUAUUAUUAUUAUAACCUAUUAAACUGCAUCUUAUCAAAGUCAUAUUACACCACAAAAGAAAUAAUCAAGUGCCUCGGAGUUAUUAAUUAAUAAAUGACAAGUUUAUUUAAUUUAUAAUUCAAACUUCUCUCAGUUCAUUUUCUGUGAUUAACCCAUUUUUAGUAAAUUAGUCAUUUGUGGCGUUGUUGAUUGAUCAAUGAUUCCGGUUUGAUCAAGGAUUUUGUAAUGGGGCAACAGUGGAUCAGUUGGUACAGCAAGUCGUCUCAUAACCAGAAGGUUGGCAGUUCGAUCCCCACUCCCGCAGGUGUGAAACUGUCGUGUCUUUGGGCAAGACACUUCACCCACCUUGCCUAAGCGUGAGAGGUGGUGGUUGGAGGGGCUGAUGGUGCAGAUUGGCAGCCUUGCUUCGGUCAGUCUGCCCCAGGGCUAUAAUAGUAGCUUACCACCACCCAGUGUGGUAUGAAUGAAUAAUGUAAAGUGUCUUUGAGUGUCCAGAAAAGCACUAUAUAAAACUUAUUAGGAUUAUUAUUAUUAAUUUCAGACACAAUACUGCAGACAUCAAUCCAAAAAGGUUGAACAUUUGAGCAUGAAGCAAAAGUAUGGAGAAGGGUUGCACUGAAGAUUGGCACCAAUCACCUAUCAGUGACACAUCUACUGUAUUUUUUUGAGCAGUGAAGCCUGUGUAUGAUUUUGAAUUGGAUGAAACAGUGUCUAGUAGUAUUUGAACAGGUGUGGAUUCUUUUGGGGCUUUUCUCCCAUCUAUCCUCUGGAAAGGGAUUACUGAACUCCUCUUCCCACCUAUGCUUGUAAUUUUAAGAGGACGGGGGCUGAAUGAUAAAAGCUCAUUAAAGAUGGCGGAAGUCGAUUUAUUUUCAUUGGGAGAGAGUUUUAAACAUUUGUCAAGUAUCGAUUGGGUUUCGGUCUCAUAACAUUUUAAAAUUCUUUCUCAUGUAAUCUCUGAUAUGCAAAUGUAGAAAAAAACACUGUUACUCUCUAGUUUGUAUUUCUUCUGUAGCCGUGUAAAUGAAGCUAAAAUGCCUUUUUUCUUUUACAAAUCUCCAAUACAAUAAAUGCCUUUUUCAUUCCAAGUCAAGAAGGCUCUAUCCUGAUGUGAGGGAGAAAAAGUUGGAUUUCCAGUAAUGAAAGAGAGAUCUGUUUUAAACUCAAAUUUGACUUGAUUGUAUUCCAAAUGCAAAUCAUGCUAUGUAUAAUAAGAUUAUUAUUGUAUGAGAGUGUAUCGAUCCCGAUUGGAGCUAAUAAGACUGACCCCAAAGAAUAUGGGAAACAGUCUUCUCGUUCCAUCUCCAGCCAAUCAGAUACUGGUGUCGAUACACCUAACCAGAAGGUAAAGGUCCAAAUCAAUGAAACCCAAUGAUAAAUAAAAAAAAUAGGAAAUGUUAAUCCUCCCUUGUGCUUUGAUCUACAUCAGGGGUCUCAAACUCGUGCCAGAAAGGGCCGCGUGGCUGCAGGUUUUCAUUCCAACCAAGCAGGACCACACCAGACUCCACUCAUGUCAUCAGGUCUUCAGUGUAGCUUGUAGCAAAGGCAGUUGUGGUGAAAAGCGUCCAGUCAUCUUGUUUGUUCAUGUGAAAGUGUCCAUGUUUCACUCCCGUAGAGGAGAACGGGGAGUACAACUAAAUUUAACAGGCGUAUCUUGGUAGCUAAUCAGAUGUUGCUAUGUCGCCAUACGGGGUGCAGGGGUCCAAAGGAGCUGCAGGCAAGUUGCAAGCGUCUUAUGAUCUCUGAGUCGGAAGAACAAACGGAAGUGAUUUUGGCUCCAAGAUGAAUAAAAUCAUCUACUACCUUGACUUGAUCAUUAGCAGCAGUUUGAAGUGGUUGUAGGAAGUCGGAGAGGGAUUGUAACUUGGUUUUGGCCCAGUUUAUAGUGAGUCCGAGAGGUGUCGCUUCUUCUUGGAGGAUGACAAGAGCAUCAGAGAUGGUGUCAAUAAGCUCCACGAACAUAACAACAUCGUCUGCAUAACAGAGGUCAGUGAUGCGGGAAUGGCAUUUAACUCCAAUGUCUGGGCUACGUGCUAAGGUGCUGUUUAUCCAGUAAUCGAUUGCUAUGUUGAAGAGGUUCGGGGCAGCGACGCAUCCUUGACAAACUCCAGAUGUCGUUGUGAAGGGAUCGGAUAGCGAUCCAUCUGCGUGAAUACGACAUGUAGUAUCAGUAUAGAGGUCUCUUAGAAUGUUCGUGUAUUUACUUGGAAUGCCAAUGCCCUGAAGGAGUAGCCAUAAAGCUGAGCUGUCCAAGGAGUCAAAAGCACCUUUAAGGUCGACGUAAGCUGUGAAUAGCGCUUUUCGGUAUUCUCUUCUUCGUUGAGCCAUAAUCCGGAGAGCGAGGAUGCAGUCAGUCGUAGAGCAACCAGGAGUGAAGCCUGCCUGCUGAGGACGCCUGACCGAGAGAAGGUGUGACCGGAUGUGUUGUAGUAGGACAGACGUGAAUACUUUUGAGGGGACCAACAGUAGGGUGAUCACGGGAGUCACCUUUGUUUUUGUAGACUGAGAUAAUGAUACCCUCUUUCCAUUCUUGGGGGACACUUUCGGAGUCCCAGACUUUCUCCAAAAAAAUCUGGUGGUGGUGGUGGGGUGGGGCAGGGGGGUCAAAAAAAGGUACAUCAUUACAGACCGUGCUUCCUAGGGGAAACAAAGUUAGUGUGAGGGACCAAAAAAAAAAAAAACAAACCCACGGACAGAAACAGCAAAGACAUAAGACAGUUGCAU